CUGCAGUCGAAGGCUGCACUUCCAGCCCGGUGCCUGCACUCUGGCUGUAAUGCAUGUCAGGCUGCACAAGUGAAGCCCUUCAGGAAAGACGUGAAAAUAGAUGAGACCUGCUAAAACUCCUUUUGCAUUCUUUUUCCUCCAGAAGUCUUUCCAACGUGUCCAACUGCCCCAUCACAAAAGCUUAUCUGUCUAUACAGAAUCUAUUGAGUCAAACCACAGUGCUCAUUAGGAGAUGAAUACCAGGGCUACAUCUGCCCUGCUGGGAGAGGAUCAGCAAAUGAGCAUCGACAAAGAUGUCAACAUGCUAGAAAAUAGUGUCAUGACCUCUGCUGGCAGAGGAAAGUUCUCAACCAAUUUUAAGGCUCAAAGUGAUGAAAACUUAGCUGUAAAUCACUCUCUGCAAAGAGGUUUCUCACUAAGUCUUGCUAACCAAGAAGACAAAGUACCUGCUUCUGAAAUCUCUGAUCCUCUUAAAGUUACUGAAGAACCUCAGGCACAGAUUUUAAAACCUGAUCUAGAGAUACCACAUCAAGCCAAAGUCACAUCAAUACCACUAUCUUUUUUCCCAUCUAAACUACAGCAACUCCUUGUAGCUGCAGCGAGAAGUGUCUCUGAAGCAAGGCAAGCUACAGAAACACAAUCUGUAAUUUACAUAUGGCCAGUAAUAAAGAUGCAAGAGAGUUCCAUAUCCUUCUGGCGCAAUUUUUCAAAGUCUUUAAUACCAAGCAGCCCAGACUUAACAAGAGACUGUUCUAGUCCUGAUGUAACUGAAGAUGAGAACUGUUCCCAAAUAAACCCAGUGAAUGAGCUUGCACAAGAGGAGCCAGAUGGAAAGACAUCAAGACUCUAUCCUCUUAUUGUAAAGUCAUCUAACAGUGCUGUUUCAGAAAUUUUAAUCUCACUCACCAAUAUCAAGAAUGAGGAUUAUACGAAUAUGUUGACACUUUCAUCUGUUAGUCCUAUUGGAGAGCAACUGGAAAUUCCUCUCUUUAAGGGAAAUGCUCUAAUGAUUUAUAAUCAUCAGGUCUACAUUCUAUAUGUAAUGAGGCAUGAAGAUCUGGCAGCAGACAUGAAAAUAUCUGGCCACCAUAUGUUGUUUAUGAAGACUGUUGUUUGGCUCAUUACGUGUCACUCUGUCCGUAAACUAACAUUCCAAGACUCACAUCCACUGCUGUUGAGAGAGGAUGCUGUGAAACACAACAUAAAAUGUCUUACAACCUGUGCUACCCCCACAGCCCAAAAAAAAACAUCAAAUGAAAUACAUUUCUCUUCACACAAGAGGACUACAAUCUCUCAGCCUGAGAACUGCUCCCCUCUUGCUGGGAAAAGGCAGCAGGUGGUAACCCAUGAUGAUCAGUUCCUCAGCAAGACUGCAUUCCCAUCCAAAGAUGACUUGCAAAAAAGAAAUUAUGAAAAAGCACGUUGGGAUAAAGACAAGGAAAUAAGAAAGAGAUUUGGUCUUGUUAAAGGUGUAAGAGUUGUUCUCAACAGCCUAAGUGCCUCUGAGCUUAGGAAAUUGACUGCCAAACCUUCUGCACUUAAAAAGAAAGGUAACCAUUAUGACAGAGACCUGAGGGAAGUGCCACACAUACAUACCUCUCUGUACACAAAUAUGGAGUAUACUUCACCUUGAAGUAUUUAUUACACAGCAUUAGUAUAAAUUUCAAGAUUUUUGAGCAUUUAACCCCAUAACAUAAAGCAUUUUCUGUUGAGGAACUUCCCUACAGCUACUUCUAAAAUGCCAGGAUCUGGCGCUUCCCCUCCCUGCCCAGGAUUUUCUCCAAAAACUGCAGAUAAAAUGCCAGCUACUGCUGAAAUCUUUUCUGACUCUGCCUUCUCUUUGGAACUCAUACAGCUGCAAUGGAAAGUAGAAAAAGUGCCUGCUGACCUCUUACUGAUAGCAAUGGUUUGCAGUCUGUCUGUGCCAAUGUGUGUCUUGUAGUCAGAAACAGGAAGCUCUUCAUACCUGUGCUGGGCUCUUUCUGGUUUGAGCAUUGCUCUUCAUUUCAAGUGAAGGUGCCAGAGGCCCAAGCCACGUGUUUAUAGUCAUUGACCUGCUUUUGAGAAAGUCUUGCCCUAUGGCUUUGCUUAGAAGUAUUAUUUGGCAGUUUUGCCUGGUAUCAUCAGAGCCUCUGGGAAUAGGUGCUUGCUUUCUCUAAUCCCUGACAUUUUCAAACUCUCAGUUCACAUUCACCUCUUGUGUCCAUUUUGUAUUUUUCUACAACAAAGCUCUUAAGAUUUUUUCAUCAGGUAGACUGGACAUAAAUUUCCAGAAUCCUGUAUAAUUUCAGUAUUCCUUUUUUCAAGUUGUUACUGAUAAAUUAAUGAUCAGUAAUAAAUCAGCAUUUCUCCUCAAUCUACUUAUUAUCUCAUAUCCAGCACUUACCUUCCAUUUCUGUCAAUUGGAUUUUAAGCCAAGGUGAUGAUCACCCAGCCUUUCCAAGAUCUUUGAGAAUGUUCUGUUUUUGUUGUCUCUGAAUGGGAACAUCAUUGGUGUACCCUCAGCAUUCAUGAAAAUAUUUCGAGGUCAGGUAAAGCAAAAUUCUCAAAAGAAUGUAUUAAAAAAAACACAGGUACAACUCCUGGAUUAAGGUUUAUUUUUUCCUUUGUGCUAGUACUCAAGUGAAAGUAAUAAAAUUAGUAUUGGCUGUCAUUUCUCCUUAAAUUUCCUUUCCAGUAAAUAUGCCAAGGCAGACCCUUAGGAUAAUCAAAUUUUUAUGGUGUUUCUCCAUUUAUACAUGUUAUAAUUUCUCAACAUGUGUUCCAGAAAUCAAAUACCUAGCAAAGUAUUUCAUUUUUGGCUGUUUUAUAUAAAUGCUUCCACUUGCUAUUGAGAAGUUUCAGUUACACCUGAGAACUACUAAUUAUAGUGUUAUUAGUAGUUCUCAUUAACCUGAACUGUUAUUGUGACUGCUUUUCCAUAUUUUCUGCUGCCAUGUCUUUUCCUUUGCAGAUUAUAUUCAUUUUAUUACAUUCUGUCAUUUCACACAGACUGUGUACUUUGCAUGUAGAGUCAUUCAAGUAAUAAAACAAUGUUACAUUUUCUCUAA